GGUCUUGCUAAGUUGCCAAGGCUGUCCUUGAACUUGUUUCUCCUGCAUUAGCCUUCUGAAUAGCUGGGAUACAGGCAUGUACCACUGCACACUGGCUGCUCUGGUAAUGGUAAUGUUUUCCCCAGUGUGUGUGAUCAGCCCAGAGUUCUAGUACCACUUGGUCUGGUUUCACCACUAACCUAUGAGUUCCUGGAAGGCAGGGCCCAUCUUUACUAUACUUUAGUGGUUUCACUCCACCACCAAGAUACUGAGGUCACAUCAGGACUUGCUAAGGAAAGCUAAAAAAAUGCACUAAGAUUAUCCAAUGAAAUUGCUGCCAUGGGGGCUGAGGAUUGUAGCUCAAUGGUAGAGCAUUUCCCUAGCAUGGGCAAGGCCCUGGGUUCAAUCCCCAGCACUGCAAAAGAAAAAUAAAGAAAAAAAGAAGAGAUAAAUUGCUGCUAUAAAUAGAAGCACAAAAUUUUCCUGUCCUACAGAGCUUCUAGACUAGAUGAGCUGAGCGGGACGUGAGUUUACGGAGAAACGGGGAGAAUUCAGGUUGUAUUGAGGUGCCCAUGGGCUCACCAGAAAGGCAUAAUGCCCUCUCCUCCCGCAGUGGACCUCUUUUCCCAUCCAUCCCAAUCUUGGGAGACUCCAGAAUUUGAACUUCAGAAACUCAAGAUGAAAGGCCUGGCCUUGAGAUCUGGCUCUGCCACUUACCAGCUGUUUGACCUUACCUUGCCACCAAUGUCAGUGCUGAACUCUGGCUGGCUCCACCAAGAGAACAGUCCCAUCUCCAGUGAGUUAGGUCCCUCAGCCAACUCAGACGACUCAGGCCACUUGCCAGAAGACCCUGAGGAUACCUCUGCUCAGGUGAGUCCUGCACUUCUGAGCUUGGGCAUACCUCACAGGGACACCAAUCAUGUCCCCAGCUGGCCUGGGCUUCAGACCCUCCUGCAGCAGCUCUCUCCACAGGACAGUGAUGAACGCUACUGCCUGGUCCUUGGGGAGGAGGAGCUGGCUGAGCUGCGGCUCUUCUGUGCCCAGCGGAAGCAGAAGGCCCUGGGACAAGGGGUGGCCCGCCUGGUACCUCCCAAGCUUGAAGGAAACACCUGUGAGAAAUGCAGGGAGCAGCUGAAGCCUGGAGAGGACGGUGUGUUCGCAGCCCGGGCAGGCGAGCAGCGCUGCUGGCACCGGCCUUGCUUUGCUUGCCAGGCCUGUGGCCAGGCCCUGGUAAACCUCAUCUACUUCUAUCACGAUGGGCAUCUCUACUGUGGUUGUCAUCAUGCAGAGUUGCUGUGGCCACGCUGCCCAGCUUGUGACCAGCUGAUCUUCACCCAGUGCUGCACAGAGGCAGAGGGACGACGCUGGCACGAGAAUCACUUCUGCUGCCAGGGCUGCGCUGGGCCCCUCCGCGGGAGGCGUUAUGCCCUGCCGGGGGGCAGCCCCUACUGCCCCAGUUGCUUUGAGAGCCGCUACUCGGAUGCGGGCUUGAGCCCGGCAGGGACACUGGAAGGGCGGGCGUCCCUUGGGGAGGCAAACCCAGACCCAACUGGAGGAAGGGACAGCAUCUCGUUAGACGCCGUGUUCACCUCCGGAGCAGAAUUUCCCGCCGCAACCGCCAGCUCCAGCCUGGAAACCCAGAGGGGGCGGGAGCAAGGCCGCCUGGAAACGCCCCGUGAUCCCAGCCCCUGCCCCAACUGCUCCUCUUCUUCUAACUCGGAACCCGAAGGCUUUUUCUUAGGCCAGCGUCUUCCCCGGCCCAGGAGGACCCUCGGAAGCUUUCUGGCAGAGGACAGCGACACCUCCAGGAGGCAUUGCACUAUUUGCUAGUGGCGUAGCCGAGACUGGGAUGUUGGAAGGGCGGCAUCCUUAAGGGGAGAGAAAUAGGCUUUCCUCUAUAAAAUCCUAGACUGAAUUUAAUCAGGAUUGCUGCCUGCGUAGGCAGCGAGAUGACAAAUUUGGAGUGCGUCCCUUCAACACUACACUCUUCUGUCUUUUGUAGAAAUUUUCUUGGGGAAUUGCAUUCCCCAAGGCUACGUUCCCCCUGCUAAACUAGCUCCUAUCUCCAGCACCCUAAUCCUGAGCCAGCGGAAUGAUUACUUAGCACGUGUGAUGGUGACGGGCUGCGGAGCCGGAAGCCUGAUGG